CUGUCUUGUUGCUUGGAGAUAAGUAAAAUGGAGUCGGAAAUCGCCUUUAAAGUCCUUCCCUGUCAGCCAUCUUGGCUCGACUUGAACUGUCAUAUGAUGUUUGGAGACAUAUGAUGCAGGUCCACCUUGAUCCAAAAUGUCGUCAGCUGCGUCCUAACCCGAGUUAAGGACGUAACACACUUUACCCCGCGCCUGAUAUCUGUGACGCUAUUGCGGCGGACCAUAGAGCUCGAGCUCGGAACGGCAGCGGGAGAGAAGUCAUCGCUUCUCCUGCUGCUAUUUAGCACACUGCGUAGGGUUACAGCAGGUUGAGCCUGGAACCAGCUGUCCUCCAAGAUGAACCCAUAUGAGUGAACAUGAGCCUAUUCAGUAAGCUGUUAGCUUCCAGUGGUCAAAGCCAUGCCUGAAGAUUAGAUUCUCCUCUUGCUUACAGCAAAACAAAUAUACAGAAGAAUCUACAUGACUCUUCAUGUAGACCUUCCUGUGUUUGUCCUGCUGGAUUGAGUCCUUCCUCCCCUACUAUAAUAUCAGCGCUGUCCUUUUCAUACCACUCCGUCUUGCACUUUCAUGUCCACCUGGGAACAUGCAGCUGCAUUUGAGAAUAGCUCCAACCUAGUCUCAUGCGUCCAAUGAGUGGAGAGUCAGACGGCCCCGCUCCUGAAAGAGUCUCACAGGCCUUCCCUUUGUCAGGCCCUGUGCCCUCCUCAGAGAUGUCCUCACUGCAGUCACUAGGGCCAGUGCAGAGCUGGCUGGGUCAGGAGUUGGAGAAAUGUGGCAUAGAUGCAAUGAUCUACACCCGCUAUGUCCUUAGUCUGCUACUGCACGACAGCUAUGACUAUGACCUGCAGGACCAGGAAAAUGACAUCUUCCUGGGCUGGGAGAAGGGAACAGGGAAGAAAUGGGGGAAGAGCAAGAAGAAGGGAGGGACUGACCUUAGUCUUGAAGAGAUGAAGAAACAAGCUGCUGUGCAAUGUUUGCGUUCAGCAUCUGAUGAAAAUUCUGGAAUUGAAAGCUUGGUCGAGGAGCUUUGCUCUAAGCUCAAGGAUAUUCAAAACAAACAGAAAGAAAAAGAUAAGCAAGGAAAUAAAAAAUCUGAUAUAUCUCAGUCUCCUGAACCAGAUGAAUCACUUUCUUCUAAGGACCAGGUUGAGAUGUACUAUGAAGCCUUUCCACCUCUUUCAGAAAAACCUGUUUGUCUCCAAGAAAUUAUGACCGUGUGGAACAAAGCUAAAGCCUGCACAUAUUCCAGCUCAUCAUCAUCUGCUGUCCCUCAAACAAGCACAGACACAUCCUCUCCAAAAGACUGCACCAGCGAAGGUGAAGCCUUUAAAGACCGAACAGUUGAUGCACCCAGUUCCACCACCACAACCAGCGAGAGGGCCCAGCAGCGACGCACUAAGAGGGAGAAGGAAAACCGAUUCCAUGGAAGCGCAACAGGAGUGCCUGAUGAUCAGGUUGCUCCUCAUAGUAAGAGGCAGGCCAGACACCGAUCUGAGGGAAGGUUCCGUCCCAGAUCGUGGUCCUCUGGCUCGAGUGAAGCUGGCUCAAGCUCUAGUGGUAAUCAGGGUGACCAGACCCUUAGUUGCAAAGCAGCCCGCAUAAGACACAAGUCUCGAGAGGUCAGCAGCAGAAACAAAAGAGGCCGAAGUGGCAGCGGACAGGUCAAACUGGCCCUAAAAGUCAUCGACAAAGAGGAGCGUAAAAAUGCACGUGGCAACAUCAGUACCACUGGAGGCCCACCUAAGCAGCACCACUACAUGAAAAAAGGCAAGAGACCUCUGAGGGAGAUCCGCAAAGAUGCUAAUCUAGUUGAGGCACAGGAGUCAGGAGGAGAGGCCAAUAAAAAGGAAUAUAUGGAGGAGCCUCUUUGGUACACAGAGCCCAUCUCUGAGUACUUUGUCCCUCUCAGUAGAAGUAAACUGGAGACAAAGUAUCGGAGUAAAGAAGACUCUUCCAAUGACUUAGCUAUGUCCAUUGAUGUGGACUGUCUAUCGGAGAGAAUUCAAGGAAUCUGCAUUGCAAAUUCUUGUUUUCAAAGGGCAUACCUUGCAGCAGGCACUUUUGUGGAUGGCCACUUCAUUGAAGUGCCUGGUGAAGGUGAUGAAGAGGCUCCCGAACUGAAUGGGAUUUCAAGCUGCCAUCCUCCUGAAGAUGGUCAAGAUUUAGAUGAUGAGCAUCUGUCUGAAUUCACUCACUUCUAUGAAGUUGAUCUUUAUCAAUCCAUAUUGGAUCCUAGUGCCUCAGAUGCGGUACAAGAAAGUCGAAUCCUGAACAUGAUUCGACAAAAGAGCAUUGAGCGAAAACACUUUGAAGCAGGAUGUGUAGUUUUAGAUGGCCUUGAGCUGCAAGGGGAAAGUGCAAUAAGGGUUGAUUCUCUGGGAGCCUCAGAAGCAGAUGUUUCCAUCACUCAAAAUAUUGCCCAAGUCUGGGAGUGCUGUUCAUCAUCUAGCUUGGAGGAUUUGGAGGGAGAAAGUUGUCCAGGUGACUCUCCAGUCAGACUCUCCCCAGUGUUGGACAGUGUUCCAUUUAGCAAAAUAUCUGGAGCUUUUGUAGGGCAUCAUCUCCAAGAAGCCAGUGGUAGCAUCUCUGACCUAAACUCCUGCUUUUCACUUUUUGAGUUGCAGUACGAUAGCCCUUCCUUUUCUUUUCCCUGCGACUCACUCACGGGGGGUCAGGACAAUGUAGAUUCAAGUAGCUGUUUAGAUCCACAAAGAAACAAACAAUCCCGUUUGCUAAUUUGGACCAAAAACAGUGCCUUUGAUGAAACGGAACACUGCUCUAACUUAUCAACGAGGACCUGCAGUCCAUGGUCCCACUCAGAGGAGACACGGUCAGAUAGUGAACAGAUCAAUGCUCCGGCAGAUGAAUCUGUUCAGUUUGGCAAUGAAGAGGUUAGCUGUAUCUCCCUUAUCCCACCUUUAUGCCUAGAGGAGGAGCUUUUAGAUUUCUUUCAAGAGAACUCAAGUCACCAGCAGGAAGAAACAAGUGUAGGCGCAGAGUCCAACCAGCCCUUCAAUAAGAAAUCGAAAUUGGAGUCUGUUUGUGGCAUAGCAUUAGAGCAGGAUGAGAGUAAACUCUAUAAUGCUGUUGUGUUUUCAGAUGUCUCAAAUCAACAAAGUGAUGAAUACACCUCAGGGAUAAUAAAAGACAUUUGGAUGGCUAUUGGAGACAGAGACUGUGUCUUAACACUUGGGGUAAAGAAUACAGGGGAGCACUUGUUUUCAGAGGAGGCUACUGGCUACCAAUGCAGCUGUCUUGACAAGGAUGUAAAAGGUGAAAUUCAAAAGAAAGCUGUGCAGUGUUCGGAAUAUCAUCUUUGGGAUGGACAGAAAGAGGAUGAGGGACUUCCUAAAAACAAGCUCUCUAAAAUGAAUGAUGGGGAUUACACAACACCGGCCAAGCCCUGGAAUUGUAAUUCACAGGAUAGCACCUCAUUUAUCCUCGGUGGGGUUUAUGGAGAACUGAAGACUCUAAGUGGUGACAGAGAAUGGGCUAUGGUUCCACCUGGUGAUGCUUGUGGCAGUUUGUUGCAGUGUGCAGCAGCCACAUCUUCUGACAUGGUAACCAUUGCAGGAGCAGAUGUGUUCAUGAACACGAGCAGUCGCUUUGCUCCUGGCCACAAGCCAUUGUGGAGACCUCUUGUGUCCCUUGGUCAAAAUGAGCAGGCUUCCAAGGGACCAGGGGAUGGUUUGAAUAAGGGAUUUUCUGUUGUCUUCCAUGAAGAUUUACUGGGAUCAUGCGGAGGCUUCCGUGGAGAAGAGUCGGGACUUGAUUACCCAUUUUCAUCCUUUGAUUUAAACAACCCUUUUUCCCAGGUCCUGCAUGUGGAGUGCUCCUUUGAGCCAGAGGAUAUGGCCUCGUUCAGCCCGGGAUUCAAGCCAAAAUCCAUAUUAUGCUCAGACAAUGAGCCCUUUUGCCCAUGGUUAUAUGGCAUCAACCGGACUCAGUAUCGGGCCAUUCGAAUUUCCCCAAGGACUCAUUUCCGGCCAAUAUCUGCCUCUGAACUAUCUCCAGGGGGGUGCAGUGAGUCAGACGUAGAGUCUGAGAAAGAGGAAGCGAGUCUUCCAGUUGGUCAAGCAGACCUCUUUGAUGACCCACAAGCUGACCUCAAGCCUCUCGAGGAGGACGCAGAGUGUGAGGGCCCUUACUAUGGGAAAUCUGAGUUGGAGUCUGGGAAGUUCCUACCCAGAUUAAAGAAGUCUGGCAUGGAGAAGAGUGCCCAGACAUCACUCGAUUCACAGGAGGGUGGGAGCACCCUUCUGCCGAUUACUGAACAAGAGAUUUGCGUACAUUGUGAGACGGCAGUGGUUUCGACGCCAUGUUCUCAUGUGCAGACCUCUGUUCUUCAACAAGAAGAAUGCAGCAGAGAGACAGAGUCUUGCAAAUGUGAUGCAACUGAUCAGAUUCCUAAAACUGGGAAGUCACUUGAUGUUGCUCAAGAUAUGCACGAGUUUCCUCUGUUGAAUUUUGGAGAACAGUGCUUAACUAAUAUGCAGCAAGAAGAGUGCUGGUGGCAGAGUACUCUAUGCUCUCCUUUAUUUCCAGGUUCUCAGUGCGGAGGAAGCAGUAAUGUAUGAAUCUUCUGCUUAAUGUGGAGACAUACCAAUGCUAUUUUCCUCCUAUUACUUUCAACCGUAACCCAGAGGAGGGACAGGAGGACCCUUACAAGAACAGUGAGCCCUGGGCCCACAGUGGGCUCUUAAUUAACCACCCUGUCCUAAGCCCUGUUAUUCCUCAGUUCAUCUAAAAUGGCGUAUCAGCAAGCUGAAAAGAGAGAGAGAGGAAAACAUGGCAAUAGGUUGAACGUACAAUUAGAUGAUUCUGGUCAACAGCAUUUAUUAUAGAUCUGUUUUCAGUCUGUUAAUUCCAAGGUUGAUCAAUUUUGAAAAGAAUAAAAAGGCAUAGUUAAGCAUUAAGAUUGUUCUUUAUUUACCCCUUAUAGAUUUUAGCUUCACUUUUACGUUUGAUCAAGGAUACACUAUAACUGUGGUCCUACUGAUUGUGCAUGUGCUUGUGAACCUAGUCUCAGUCCUUCUAAUAGUCUAAGUUUCUGUGACCGAACUAUGAAUACUCAGAAGUCAGGUUGAAAGCACUACGAUUGCAACACCCCCCUCCCCUGCCAGAUAAUUUUGCUUUUUGUCUUAUUUUUUAUCUUCUAAAUAACUUAUAGAAGAUAGUUGUGUGAGGUUUGGUGUGUUGAAAGAAAAAGUGCUUUUGUCCCCUACCAUGCUGCUUUGAAAGCAUCUUAAAGAAAUAAAGCAGGGUAAUAUUGAAAGUGUAAUAAUACAAUAAGUAAACUAAAAAAACUGAGAUAAUUAAACCAGAAGGUUAUUGAAGAAACAGAGCUUUGCCCUUGAAAUUAAAAGUUGCUUUCUUUGCUGGAGUUUCCCUUUUAAUUUAGCCAUUUUGAUAAAGGUUUAACAAUUUGAUUGGUUAUUUUAUUCACUUUAGGUUUUAAAAAAAAAAUCUUUUUUUUUUUUUUUCUUUUUUUUUUCUUUUGUCAGGUGGUUUGAUUUGUGAAGUUACCUUUCAUAAAAGUUAAUUUUGGAGAGAGUUGUGGUGUCAAAGAAUAGUUUACAUUUUCCUGAAUACAAGUAUGCUACCUGGAAAACAUGUCAAAUAUAAAUGCUGCAGAUAAAGUAAAAAUUAAACAUUUGGGGGAAAAUAGUUAACAUAAUAUGUUGACCCAUAUAUACAAUUUCAUAUAAGUCUUUAAAAAACUAUUACACCUUACAGAUGAUAGUGUAUAUCAGUUGCAGUUUGGUAUUGUAGCCAUAACUUUAUGUACUGUUUCUUUAAGCUUAGUGUAAAGUUUGAGGUUUUUCAGUGAAAUUUGUUCCCAUUUCUUUAAUCAACAAAAUUGUGACUACUGAUUAUUCAUAAUAUGGCUUGAUUUAUUUUGUUUUUAACAAGAAGAAUAUUGAGUUUUUCCAGUAACAGCAUUUGAUUGCUUAAAAAUGGUUUAAUUUCAUUUACUUUUCCUCCUACUUGUUUCAGAAAUCUGUGGCUGUUUCAGUGUGUACUGAUGCAUCAUACUCGCAGCAUGGGUAGUGCCUAUAUUAAGAUAUAAAAUGAAGAGGGGUUUAUAAAAGCAAUAUAGUAUUUUGGCACGCAGUAACUCUACACAAAAAUGGAUCAAUAUAAUAAGGUUGUAAAGUCUAAGAGGAACAUUCAUAGGGUUUAUUUGUGACAUAUGUUGCUUUAAUUUAGUCUCAUUCCCCCUCCGUUUCCUAUGAAUAAGGCCCAAAUUACCUUUCCUUCAAAGUUUGAAAGGUCGCUUGCCUAUAUAAUUUUUCAUGGCUGUGGAAUGAAAGGUGGUAGGGGGUACGGUGUUACCCUUUUAUGUUCAUAAUGUAAAAACCAGUCCAUCUUAAAUUUAAUUUAUUAUCUAAUACCAUAUUUUACACCUGUGUGUUAUCCAUUCCCUUUCAUCUGCUUCUUGACCUUAACAGAUCGAACAUGUCUAGCCUGCCAUCUACUAGCUUUAAUAUAGCCUGGAUGUUUUUUUCCCCCAUUGAUUCAGUUUUGUUACAAAUGUUAUGAGUGAGAAAUUACUACAUGUAUGCUACAUCAGCAAAGUGUUAAGAAGUGUGAAUUUAAUUACAUUUUGACAUUUUAAAAGCACCCCCUUUUUUUUUUUUUGUCAAAAAUGUUAGUGUUUUUUUUCUUUUCUUUUUUUUUUUUUCUCUGUACUAAUGUGAGCAUGUUAAAGCAUUACUUGUUAAAUAUUUUCAGGGGGAAUUUGAAUGUGACAAUGAAAUGGAAAAUAAUAAUAAUAAUAAUUGACCAAAAAAUCCUUUGAAAAACGAUUCCUAAAUUUGGCACAAGGAUUUAAGUUUUUAAACUUGCUUUGGCAUCAAAUGUCUAAAAAAAAAAAAAAAAAAAAAGCCCCUUUGCAAGUGAGUUUAUUUUUUUUGACCUGUUCUGAGAUGCACUUUGGGUUAAAUUGCAAAAAAAUAGUCUUGAUAGUAAAAUCUAUAGAGUAUUUUAUAUAUCGGUGCUAACAUUCAUACACCAUGUCUAAGUUGUAAUCUUCAGAUGCGUAUAAGAAAAAUGUCUGCACACUUAGUUCUUCUAAAAGAUUUGUGCUUGUUUUAACAGAAAUGGGUCUAAGGUUUGAAGUGUAUGAUCCUAGACUGUAUGGAAAUGGCUGUAGAACAUAACCUUGGAAAGAUGAUUUUGUAUGACCCAGAGUUUGUAACAGCUUGUGUGUUUGUGUUUCCCCACAUUAUUUCCUCAUUGUGGUUAUGGGAGUGUGAUUAUUGUUUUACAAAGAUCAUAAAUAUACAGUUCAUAGAAAUGUGUAGUGGUAAAAAAAAAAAAAAAAAAAAAAGUGUGAUGGCACAAACUGUGUGGUAUAACUGGGUAGAGCAGCACCUGGAUGCCUUUAUUGGAUUAUUUAGUUGACAGUUAACAUGUUACAAUUCACUUUAAUUUUUCCAAUUUAAAAUACUGUCAGAGAUUCCAAAAUGCAAUUACACAUUUUUGGCAUCACUUUCUCUAAUCAAAAUCUAAAUGAAUUCUUGUUCUGUUGAGCACUUUGAGUGAAAUGUUGCCGUCCUCCAAAGUUGUUACUGGUUUUAUUUGGACUUAUGUUCAUUAGUGGGUGACAGAGGACAAAAGCAUUUUUCAAAUUUAAGCAUUUUGAGAAAAUGCAUAAAUAUUAUAGUGAAUGUGUGUGACAGUCAAAUAUAACAGAACAGCAUAGACAGAUUAUUUACAGUUACAGAAAUUUGAAUCAGUUCCUCUUUUAGUUGAAAAAAUUGACACUUUUUUUGUUAUCUUUCAAGUCUAGCUCUGUGUGAGGUGGUAUGGUUGCUGGAAAAAGACUGGAGUACUCAUGUCUGUGGGAGAAACUGCAUUAUUUACUUUCUUUUCUUAUGUUUUGGUUUGGUCAAUACAUUUGGAGAGGAUGACUUUCAAGUCUGUACUUACAGUUUUAAGUUUUAUUUGCAAUGUUGUAUAACUUAAAGCAGAACUCUCUCCAUUUCAUCUUUGUGAUGCUUCUUAAUUGGAGCUCAACCCUGUAUUUUUCCUCUGAAUACCUGAUGAAAGUCACCAAACCUCAACACAGACAAAGUUGGUUGCAUUGUUCUAAUGCCAUGUACAUCUGAGUACAUCAUUUUGUUUCCAUUGUGAAGUUUCUAAACCUUUAAUAAACAUAAAAAAAGUU